AUGUCCUGGUGUUUUCUUGAGGAAGAUUCGUUCAUUUAUGUACUUGAACUGAAAAGUAUGAAGAAAACUACGGUUGUGACCAGAGUUAAGUCGUCCGGUGUUGCUGGAAAUGUAAUGUAUACUUUAAAUUACCAUUUUCAUUUUUCUGCCUUACAGGUAUCUUUCGUAGAGGGUGAAAAGAGGGAGUAUUCUCUUAGAAACUUCAAACCGAGCAGAAAUCAGUUGAGUGAGAAGUUCAAAGACUGCCUUUCUUCCAGAAGUUCUUUUGUGAGCACAUUUAACGAUGUUGUUACAACCCUUAGAGACAGUUCAUGUUGUGAUCACACAGAUUCAUCAUCUACCCAAAGUGAAGGUUCUAUGUCAUCUGUUAUGGCACUGUCAGUUGAAAGUGAUGUGAGUAACUCUGAAUCAGAAACAUCUACAGAACAGUCCUCUAAAGUAGAGUGUGUCUCCGUACACUUGGACAAUCUUGUUGGGCCAAUGGAUGGGCGGGCAGUACGACCAGUCCUAACUUCACAUGUUAAGGAGCUUGAGGAGGCGUUCCUGAAGAAUAGAGUUCAAUCCCAAUAUAAGAUCCUUGUCGGCCUGUUGGUAGAUGGAAGCAUAGAAAUGGCUAGUAAACCUGGUGGGUGUACAGUGGAAGUGCUAGGUGGUAACCACACUAGGAUUGCUUUGCAGACACUGAGAAAGAGGGGCCUAUGGAAGUUAGAUGAGCUUAGGGUCGAGGUUCAUGCAAACAUCGAUGACCAAGAGUGCCUGAGUCUAGGAAUACAACAUAAUGUUGUAGACAAGCAGGCACUAGAGAUGUGCUUCAUGGACGAAGUCCGGCUCAUCAGAAAGUUGAUGACCAGUAAUCCUUCACAGGCGAGAGAAGCAAUGAGGCAUGUCUUCAACCUUAAGAAUAUAACAGAAGUCCGACACAACCUCAAGACUCAUGAAGGUGUGGCGAAGGUUUCUGAUGAUGUCUGGAUGAAAGUAUUGGAAGUGGAAGCCAAAUGGAAAGAAAAGAAGCCAAUGAAGCAGACGUUCUUCACCAGUUGGCUAAAAGUCAAAGAUGAGGAGAAGAGAAAACGUUUAUUAGACACCUAUCUAAAAGAAGGGUUGACAAACUACAAGGAAUCAGUUAGAAGCCUCACACAAGUAAACAAGAGUUGUCCUGUGACCAUCCAAGAAGAUGCUGACAGUGAAAAGGAUAUUCAUCAAGUGGAGCUUUUGAGCAAAGAAAAUGAAAUCUUGAAGAAAGCAGUUCAGGAAAAAGAGGCAGUGAUUGUUAAACUUGAAGAGGAAUGCAACAGACUUAGAGAGAUGAUGAAAUCCCAGAUUAGCACAGACAGCACAGGAAAGACAAAGAACAGUAUUUCAGUUGAAAAGAGACAGAGAGUCGAGUCAGAGGAAGUGAAAUCAAGAAAGAAGGUUAAGUUCACAAGUGAUGGAGUGAGUGUUGGGGAUGUUGUUUGGGCUCGGUAUGUUGAUGGCAUUGCAUAUCCAGCAAAAGUGAUGAAGUUCAGUGCAAGCACGCAAAAGUAUACAGUCCGCUAUGUAGAGGAUGGUGUUGUAACAGAAGUAUCUGAUAUGGACAUCAAACAGAAAAAGUGAUUUGAACAAUUUGCAUUUGCUUUUGAUUUUAUGCUGUAUCAGUGUGCCCAAUCACGUGAUCGUGCUACGUCAUUUGAAUUGACUUGCACAGUAAGCGCACAAUGUCGAAAGUGGUUGAACAGGAUUAGCGUUAAAACGAGAAGGCUUUGGUGGGGAAAUCGUAGUUACGGGGGUAGCACUUUCAAUUAGGUGUCGAGUCAUGUGCAUGGAAUUAACACAAUAUAUUGAAUAUAAAACUUACGCCCUGGUUUAUAAUUUUUUUACCUUUCCGCUUUUACUUUCGAGCUAAAAAGACGUAGCGCGAUCACGUGAUUGGGCGCACUGUGUAUAUGAUGAAAUGUUAUAAAAAGAUAGAUAGAACAAAAAAAAAAAAUUAAUGUGAUAUCUAUACAUGCUGUUUUUUAUAUCAUAAUUCAGUUACAUGUAUUUGUUUUGAAAAUAGAAGAUGUUAUCAUAUCAAGAAUUCAUUAAAAGUUGUAUUAAAUCUGUGUUAGUAUAAUUAUGGUAUUCUAAGUAUGAUUAAUGGGUGUUGAUAAUUAGUACAUAGUAGUAGAAGUGUAGCAUUUAUUUCUGAAUUAAUUUAAUGAUUUUCAAAAAUCCGAAAAAUAUCAGUAAUUUCUUUAAUGAUGUCAUUAGUACAGACUUAGUUUUAUUUAAAUGAAUCUAAUCCUUUUACAUGAUGUUCAAG